UAUUCCCCGCCGCCGGCUCUAUCCUCACCGCCGAAGCGUAUUACCACGUCUUCGGGUCGUGAUUCGUGACGUCAUACGAGCCACCUCUCUUCUGCCACUUUCCGACGACGACCGGACGACGGCGACGACGACUGCCGGACUGCUGGUUUUGCACGGGGAGCAGUAGGAAUAACUCAAUAACGUCAAACGUCCAAUGCUCAAAUAACAACAAUAACAACAAUAGAGAUCAGUCACUCAGCGCAGGGUCUUUGCGACGUGUCAGGGCGAAUCGUUGAUUUUCAAUCGCGCCACUGUUAAUAUUAUUUAAUAUUAAAUAUAAUAUCAUUUCGUUUCUGCGUACAUCGUCGUCAUUCAAACACCACCACCACCAUGAGUGCACACGCGUCCGGCAAGCUCAUCAUAGUGUCCAACAGGCUUCCGUUCGUACUCAAAAAAAACGAGCAGACGCAAAAAUGGGAAAGAAAAGCCAGUGCUGGUGGGUUAGUCACUGCUGUAGCACCUGUUGUAGUUCAAGGAAAUGGACUAUGGAUAGGAUGGGCUGGUGUUCACUUAGAAGAAGGUGAAAAAAUACCGGAAUCGGAUCCAAAUGAUACAACACCUACUGCCGGAUUACGUUCUGAUAGAGUUAUUCCUGUUGACUUUGACCCUCAAAUAUUUGACAGUUAUUAUAAUGGUUGCUGUAAUGGAACAUUUUGGCCUCUAUUUCAUUCAAUGCCUGAUAGAGCACAAUUUUCUGCCGAUUCUUGGAAAUCAUACUGUGCAGUCAACAAAGAAUUUGCAUCCAAAACAGUUGGAGCUUUGGAAAAUUUAUCAAGAGAAGAUACAGAUUCUGGAACACCUCUUGUUUGGUUACAUGAUUAUCAUCUUAUGUUAGCAGCCAACAGCAUAAGAAAUGCGGCAGAUGAAAAAAAUUUGAAAUUUAAAUUAGGAUUUUUCCUUCAUAUACCAUUCCCUCCAUGGGAUAUUUUUAGGUUGUUUCCAUGGGCUGAUGAAAUUCUUCAAGGAAUGUUAGGUUGUGAUAUGGUUGGUUUUCAUAUUGAAGACUAUUGUUUAAACUUUGUGGAUUGCUGUCAACGGAGAUUAGGAUGCCGUGUAGAUCGAAAAAAUUUACUUGUUGAACAUGGUGGUCGCACAGUACGUAUUCGUCCAUUGCCAAUUGGUAUACCAUUUGAUCGGUUUGUAGAAAUGGCCGAGCAAGCACCUACAGUAAUAAGUACAUCAUUACAAUUGGUACUUGGUGUAGAUCGAUUGGAUUAUACUAAAGGAUUAGUACAUAGACUAAAGGCUUUUGAAUUGUUAUUGGAGCGAUAUCCACAACACAAGGGUAAAGUAGCACUCAUGCAAAUCGCUGUACCAUCACGGACAGAUGUUAAAGAAUACCAGGACCUUAAAGAGGAAAUGGACCAGCUUGUUGGACGAAUAAAUGGACGUUUCACAACUCCUAAUUGGUCACCUAUUAGAUAUAUUUAUGGGUGUGUCAGUCAAAAUGAUUUGGCAGCUUUCUAUCGCGACUCAGCUGUAGCAAUGGUUACACCACUUCGAGAUGGCAUGAAUUUAGUUGCCAAAGAGUUUGUUGCUUGUCAAAUUAAGGAACCACCUGGUGUUUUAAUUGUAUCACCAUUUGCUGGUGCUGGUGAAAUGAUGCACGAAGCUUUAAUUUGUAAUCCAUAUGAAUUAGUUGAAGCAGCUGAUACUUUGCAUAGAGCAUUGACCAUGCCCGAAGAUGAAAGAAUGUUAAGAAUGAGGUGUUUAAGACGUAGAGAAAAAAUACAUGAUGUUGAUUAUUGGAUGCGAUCUUUCCUUAAAGCAAUGGGAACUCUAAUAUUUGAAGAUGGAGAUGAUGUUUUGCCAACUACUAUGCAGCCAGUCACUUUACAGGAUUUUGAUGAUUAUUUGUCCAAAUAUAUUGGCAACACAAACAAACUUGCAUUACUAUUAGACUAUGAUGGUACAUUGGCCCCAUUAGCUCCUCAUCCAGACCUCGCUAUAUUACCUUUAGAGACUAAAAGUGUUUUAGAAAGGUUGGCUAAUAUGUCUGAUGUAUACAUAUCUAUUAUUUCUGGUAGAAAUGUUCACAAUGUUAAAGAUAUGGUUGGAAUUGAGGGUUUGACUUAUGCAGGUAAUCAUGGACUGGAAAUUCUUCAUCCCGAUGGAAGUAGGUUUGUGCAUCCAAUGCCCAAAGAAUAUGAAGAUAAAGUUGGGGAUCUGUUAAAAGUGCUUCAAGAACAAGUUUGCAAAGACGGUGCAUGGGUAGAAAAUAAAGGUACUUUAUUGACAUACCACUACCGUGAAGUGCCUGUAAAUGCUCGACUUGAGCUUGCAGCCACAGCACAGCGUCUCAUUGAAGAAGCAGGAUUUAAAGCAGGCCAGGCUCAUUGUGCCAUUGAAGCCAAACCUCCAGUACAAUGGAAUAAGGGACGUGCAUCUUUGUAUAUUUUACGAACAGCUUUUGGUUUGGAUUGGAGUGAACGCAUACGUAUUAUCUAUGCAGGAGAUGAUGUAACUGAUGAAGAUGCAAUGCAGGCAUUAAAAGGUAUGGCAGCAACUUUCAGAGUAGCCCAGUCUCAAAUUGUAAAAACAUCGGCCGAACGCCGUUUGCCAAGCACAGAUUCUGUGUUGACCAUGUUGAAAUGGGUUGAAAGACAUUUUGGAAAACGAUUACCUCGUGCAGAUAGUGUUGGUAAUUUAAGCAAUAAUCUACAAAUGUCAUUGGGAGCAAUGCAAAUGGAGCUCAGUAUGCCAGAAGAAACAUCUCCACACUAAUAAUCAUGACUAGGAAAUAUUAGUGUCUUGAAACCCAAAGUUAGUUUUUACUCAUUAUUCACAGUGUGUUAGUAAAAGGUAUUUUAUAUUGACUCAUAACAACCAGUGUACGAAAAUUUAUGUAAAAGUUUUGUUCAAGUAUCAAAUAAUUAUAUUCAUGUUUAUAGAACGUAUUGGCACAUACUACAAUCAAUAAUGAAUAAAUUAUUCUAUACGUCAAUUAGAAGUUAAUAAAAUAAGUAAUACAUGUUGAAUUAAAAAAAACAAUUAAAUAAAUGAUACAACAAAAAAAAACAAUAAUACUAACAGGUCUUUUACAUUCCUUAAAUAUUUUAACUUAUCAGUUUCUUAUAUUUCAUAUUUUAAUCAUCAAACAAUAUAAUUAUCUGUAUAUUUAUUAAAAUAAAAACACAUUCAGUAGAUAGUGAUAAAUCAAUAAAAGUAUUGUAUCAUUUGUAAUUAUCAAUAUUGUACUUAUAAAUAUUUUAAGUUAUUUUGUAUUCCUAGUCAAUUGGAAGAUAAAAAAGUGGAACCACUUGUGGUACUUUAUAAAUGCAAAAAAAAUCCUAAUAUAGUACAGCCAGUACAGGUGGAAUACCAAAAUUACACACGUAGUAAUAAUAAUUUCUAUCAUUAAAUAAAAAACUAAACUUAAAAAUAAUAUUACAACUUUGUAUCAUCAAAUAAUGUGCCAUAAUAUAAAAUUAUAUUUGUAAUUGGGUAAUUUUUGUUUAAAAUCUGUUUUAUUUUUAUUGUUAUAUUAUAAUAAAUAUUAUUUUAAUAAUUGUUUAAUUGUUGAACAGUGAUUUUACUUUAAACGGUGUUUCAUAUAUGUUUUAUAAAUAUAUUUUUAGAAGUUAUAAGAUAAACAACACCUAUAGUAUAUUGUUUAUUAUAAUAAAUUAUCAGUUAAAUAUAAUUAUGUUUUAUUUUAUUCUAAGUAUUGCACGUAGUGUUUUUUGUGUACAUUUUAUUAUUAUAUAAUAAUAUAUACUCAAGAAUUAGUCAUGAUCGUUUAGCUUAAUUCAUUUGUGAACUUCCUACACAUCAUAUUAUCAAACAAUGUGAAGAGUACAUACAUAGUUUUAACAUGUUCUCUGUUAUCCAAUGACCUAUAUUAUAGAUUACCGUUAUAUACAAUUAUGCAGAAGUUCUUUAUAAUUAUACUGUUAUAGUUUAAAAUUA